AUGAUCAACCCAAUUUUCAGCCUUAGUCCUUCUUUCCCGACACCGUAUUUGUCUCAAUUGUCUUCCGCAUCCUCAAACAACCGUCAUAUCAACCCCUGCAUCUAUGACUCCUCCCAGUCUGCUUCAUCCACUUGGUCGGCCAUCUUUGACACCUCCCGGCCUUUGUUGUUGACUCCUUUGUCUAGCUCGUCCUCCUUGGCCUCCUUGAUGACACCUGGACGUCAUCAGGUCAAUGCCCUAAGUCCCGCUUUAAAAAGAGCCGCACCCCAGCCUGAGUUCAAUGACACUACCGCCGACACGGACAUGGAUGAUGAUGCCUUUUCAAAUGUCGGGCCCGCGCACCUGGAUGAUGAUGACGAUACUGGUCCUCUUCCAGAGCCAGUUCUCAUUGAUCCUCGCAUCAACGCUCCAGACGAAGCCCGAAAUUUCCAGGUGCAUUUCAACAUCCAUCAACCCCAGGAACCCGACACCGAACCUUCCCAGACAAAACGUCAACGCACCCCUGGUGACACUUGA